UUCUGUCUGCCUACACGUAUUUUGCGUGGUGGAUUGUGGGUGUUGAGCAAAGAAGGAAAAUGGCGGACUUGGCAAAUGAAGAGAAACCUGCCACAGUACCACCAAUGUUUGUGUUCCAAAAAGAUAAAGCACCGAAGCGGGCAGCUGAUGGAUCCAGUGGAGAAGAUGGAGAAGAUUCAGACAGAGAAGAUGGCUAUUGUCCUCCGGUGAAAAGAGAGAGGACUUCAUCUUCAACACAGUUCCCGUCUUCACAUUCUGUGGCUAGUAAGAACAAUGUCUUCAUGCCAUCAAGUUUCUGGCAGUCUCCCACUGGGAAUUCCGAGGACUCGGAGCCAGAAGAGAAGCCAGUUGGGUUUCGUUUAAAACCACCAACUCUUAUACACGGGAAGGCACCUAGUUCAGCAGGUUAUGUUCCAGGCGUCCCCAGUCAGAAACCCAAGGAGCAACUGCGCAGUGUCCUCCGGCCAGCCAUGCUCCAGGCCCCGCCAGCCAAGACCAACUCCGAGUCCACCAACGGGGUGAAGAAGUCAACGGACGGGACGUCAGAAGGGUCGACCAUCUUCCAUAACAACACUGAGCAGUCAGACGGCCUCGCCAGGUCACCGAAAUGUGACAGAGAGGAGGAUGGGAUGAGGGACGACUGUCCUGCAGAGUCCUCUUUCGUGUUUGGACAAAAUAUCAAAGACAGAGCAAAGUUGGAAGAGAGCUCUAAAGACGGCAAGUUGUUACCCCUGGCCUCUCAGAAGGAGGGAACAAACUAUUUCUUAGAGUACAUUGCCACCCCCAGUUCAAAGAACGCCGCAAACAAUACGGACAAGGGGGCCAAAUUUGUCUUCGGGCAGAACAUGUCAGAGAGGGUUCUGAGUCCUCCUAGAGGAGGUGAGGCAUCAGAAGAGGACUGUAAAGACCUACCGGCUCCCCCUGUGUCUGAACCGUCCUCAAAGGAAAACACACCAGAGAAGGGUAACAACGUGACAGAGUCACUGGAGGAGUCUGCAGCAGCGUACACCAAAGCCACAGCCAAGAAGUGUAUCUUAGAGAAAGUAGACGUCAAAACUGGAGAGGAAUCAGAAAGUAACGUUUUACAGGUCCAGUGCAAGUUGUUUGUGUUUGACAUGACGGCCCAGUCGUGGAUAGAACGAGGUCGAGGGCUGCUCAGGCUUAAUGACAUGGCAUCUACAGAUGACGGAUCAUUACAGUCACGCCUAGUGAUGCGGACCCAGGGCAGUUUAAGGUUGAUCCUGAACACCAAGCUGUGGCCCCAGAUGCAGGUGGACAAGGCCAGCGAGAAGAGUGUCCGCGUCACUGCCAUGGACACAGAGGACCAGGGGGUCAAAGUGUUCCUAAUAUCGGCCAGUUCUAAGGACACAGGUCAGCUCGCUGCAGCGCUGCACCAUCGUAUCCUGGCCUUGAAGAGCCGUGCGGACCAAGAGCCCCAUGAGGCCUCGGCUACAGACUGCGUCCCUGAGGCUGACCUGCCCCACUCUGAGGGGGACAGCGAUGAGGAAGACCAGGUCAACAACACAGCAGCAGGUAACUCCGAGGGAGGGGAGACCCAGGCUGCUGGGAGCACAUAGCGUUGGUCGCCCUAAAGGACUGCCUGUCAGGAUACUGCUGCUGUUUAAGGGGCAUUUUACUGCAGGCAUCCCCACGGACACCCCACCCUGACCAACAUGGGUCCUUCAGACCAGUACUUUUGGAUAUUUAGAAUUCUAGCUCCAGGAUUAAAAAUAAAAAGAAACCUGUGCUGGAGUCUCUCUCACCCUAACUCGUGCAGUUCAUUUUUUCCCUUUUGCAUUCAAAAAAAGUAAACAUCUGGAGUUAUUUUUAUUAUUAUUAUUUUUAUUUUUUUCUCAGCUGCAAUAAGAAACCACAGCUUUUUGGGGGAGGUUUGUGACUUGGCUUCUCAUCAUAUUGAUGAGUGUGAGGGUGUUUUCCCCUCUGACAUUUUAAGGUAUGACACAUGUUUUAUGAAUGCAGUUUCUACUAUGGGACCUUUCUACUCACCCACACGUCUUGGACCCACCCAACCAGCCCCGGCUCCAGAGGAACUCAUGGCUGUCACCGUGUACUGCUCUGUCUUAUGGUCAGUCAUUUGACUGGUCCUUCAUCGGCUCACCAUCCCCAUCCAUCCAGCUCUCACAUGUCGAAUAGUUUCCGGAUAUGUCAUUCAUUUGUGGUCAUCAAUUUUCGUGUGCUAUCUAACACAUAAUAUGCACUGUGUUUCUAGUGUUCACGGCUAGUCCGCAUCACUCAGUCUUCAAAUGAUAGCAGUUUCUUUAUAUUUCCUAUUUAGUAAAUAAAUGACUAAAACCAA